GCAGAUCUGACUGCAGUUGAGAGACGGAGCUUCAUCCACUUGAUUCCUGCAUCCUGCUGCACUGUGUGAGCCUCCUGAUGCCACUUUUAUGCUUCAGCUGCAUGCAGUUCUCGUGCUGGAUAGAGAGAUACAAGAAAGGUUUUCAAGUCUGUACUUACUGUGAAAUGAAGAACAGAAACAGAUGAGGGCUUUGCACCACAAGUGACCCCGUUUAAUGCUUGAUGAUAAGACCCCUGUGGAACCCCCGCCAAGCUUGGGAACCAAUCUGGAGAAUGUGACAAACACCACAGACACAGAAGACACAUCUGGUGAAGCAGCAAUGGCCUCAAGCCCCGAAUCUCCCAACAAGGACUCUGAUCAUGGAAAGGAUGCAGAUGAAAGAAAUCCUGGAUCCCCUGAAAAGAAAAAUAAAAGCAUAAAAUUGCUUCCUUUUUUACGCCGAAAAAAGGGUUCCAAAACCAAAAGUAAUGAUAGAUCAUCUCCUCCGCCUGUUCAGACCUUUGAAGAAUGCCUGGAACAACGCAGAUUAUCCCAAGCCAGCCGACUGCUGAUUGAACUAGAGCAGACCUGUUACCAUGACGAUGGCGAAGAGACACAGAAAAAAAGAGAUGAAAUAAACCAGCAAUAUGAACAGCUCAUGGCUAUCAUCUGCAAAGCAGCAAGGGAUGCCAUUACAUGCUCCAGUGAGGACCUUGUGCUCCUUCAGUCGGCUGUGAAUGCUAUUGAGCAGGAAGAGAAGCAGGAUCAAAGAUACCUGGAAGAAAGCAAGAGAAACCCAAAAAUUCAGGGAGCCAGGCCCAGGGAAUGGAGGAAGAAGCAUGAUAAGGUCCUGAAGGAGACUGUGGAGAGCAGGAUGGAUGACAUUGAAGAUAUGUCCAGUUGUGAGAAGUUCUCCUCUUCUGUCAAGAAAAACAUCUUCAAGAUGGGAAUGAGAGUCAAGGAGGACCUGAUUUCAGUUGUGAAGAACAUCAAGGACUGCUACCCAGAGGAAUAUGAUAUAUGUAAUUUUUAUGCCCAGCUGUAUCAUACAGCAUUUUCAUCACACAUUCAGAGGCUGGUGGACUUUGAACUGGACCCAGAAGAUUGCAGCUAUCUGCUCUGCUGGCUAAAUGAUUACUACCCCAAUGAUGUAUUAAAACACAAGGAUCUGGAAGGACACAUUAACAGCAACUUGCUGGGACGCCUGGUUCAAGAGACGACACUCUAUUACUUGGAAAGUACGUUCCUCACAAACAGACAGGGAGACCUUAAGAAGUGGCUGUCCAAUGCUCUUGAGAUCUGCCAAUCACCAUGGUUAUCCGGAGAAUAUCCAAAGGAAAUUAAUGGAGUUUACAACAGUGACUUGGCCAUCCAUGUGAUUCAGUGUAUGGAUACGGCUGCACAGACAGCCAGGCAAAUCUCUGAAGACAUUUUGAAAAAGGUGAUGCCUAUAAUUCUGGAGGAACUGGAAGUGUUCUUAGUCAGGUACCAAACUUUCAUGAUGGUGUUCAUAAACAGAAAGGAAAAGCGAGAAAACCGGACUGCUGUUGUUCUGGCUAAUAUGCCCUGCUACCAGUCUUUCAGGAAUUACAUUAAUCAACAGCAAUUUUUUGAAGAGGACAGCAAAAAAAAAUGUUUGGAAGUCCUGAGCAGGCUGGAAAACAUUGGUUGCGAGUAUUUGCUGAAGAUUUUCUAUGAGGCCUUAAAGCCAAAUUACAAAGGCCUUGUAACCCCAAAAUGGAUGGAUGACAGCAGUCUUGUGAACUUGCUCAAAAAUGCAGACAAGCAGAUGAAAGAAUUUAAGAAAAUGGAAACCACUUGCUUUCUGGAUCUGGUUAAUCGACUGCAUUUCAGUGUAAUUGCUGAGUAUAUCAGGAGAAUCAUGAAGAAGAAAAUUAAACUUAGGAACCAAAAAACUCAGGAGCAGGUGGCGAACCAGAUAUGUGCAGAAUCCGAACAAAUCCAUCAGCUUUUCACAGACUACGGGUCAACAGAAAACUGGUUGCAGCCCAUUCUUCCAAAAGUGGCUGAAGUCCUCCGACUGCAGGAAGCAAGCAGCAUUCAACUGGAAAUCGCUACAAUGGUCAGAGACUACCCAGAUAUCAGAGAGCACCAUGUUUCUGCUUUACUGGAGAUCAAGCCAAAUCUGUCACCUGAAGAAGUGAGGAACAUCAAGAAGGUUCUGAGAGUCAGUGGGCAGAACAACUGGGAAUCAAACAGGGAGUCCAGGCCUUUCUUUUCUAAAGUGCACGUGAAUUCAAACCUAAUAGCGAGGCUUACGAGUGUCAUCUAAAUGAACUGACUUGUGUUUAUCUAUAUGUACAUAAAUCCUUCAAGUUUAUUGCAUAUAUGAUUUGCAUCAAGCUUGUUAGAGACUCUGCAAAAAAAGUUCUGAAUGUCUUGGCAGCUUUAGCCAACUCAAUAAAGAACGGGUUCAAUCCAAGUUUGUGCACUAAUAGAGGGGGCACUGGCAAGCCAAAGAUGCCCACUGGAGCAGGCCCAAACAAGAUGGACAAAAAAGCAUCUGAGGAGAAACGCCUCGGACUGUUGCUUUGAACAAGUGGGACGUCCCGUAGGAGCGCGCAGGAGGCCCACAGGGGAACAUGAUGUUAGCUGCCAAUGUGAAAUCAAGCCUGCUUCUAUUUGUAGGAGUUGUUUCUGCAAUGUGAUCUGCUGAUGCUUUUCAGCUCUGUGUAGCUAGGGAGGCUCCAAGCAUGGCCCCUCGGUUACUAAGCAGCCUUUGCACACAAGCACGGUGUCACUGUUCUGUUCCAUUAUUGUGAACCAUUUGUAAAACUGUGCCUUUUUAUUUUCGAAAGUCGAUUUAUUUUCUGUUAUGGUCUCUUUACAUGCUGUCAUUGGGCAUGCCAUUGCACUUUAUCUGCGUACAUUUGUCCAUAAGAGGUGUGAUGGUGAUGCUAGCUGGAAUGAAAGCUUGAACCAUGGGUCACUUUUUUGUCCUGCCAUGACUCAUACACUCUGUACUCAAAGCUGUUACAUGUGUACUUGAAACAUUUCUUUAUGUAAAAUCAUAAACUAUACAUACAGUAUAUCAAAUAAAAAAUCUAUUACUGAAA